UAUCGUAUGUAGUUACAUUUCUAUGUAGUGGUAGCGUCUGCGAUCGAAGUUUAAUCAGCUGUGCAGUGAUUCCUUAGUCGUAACGAAAUGCUUGGUUGUUGUUGGUGCUGUUCUGCUUUACGUCCACGAUAUAAAAGGCUCGUUGACAAUAUUUUUCCGGUCAAUCCACAAGACGGCUUGGUCAAAAAUAAUAUGGAAAAAUUGACCUUUUAUUCCUUAAGCAGUCCUGAAAAACUAGAUAGAAUUGGAGAAUAUUUAUUUCAAAGGGCUUCCAGGGACAUUUACAGGAGAAGAAAUGGAUUUGUUGUUAUUGCUAUGGAGGCCAUGGAUCAGCUUUUAGUAGCAUGUCAUGCACAAACUCUAAAUUUAUUUGUUGAAAGUUUUUUAAAAAUGGUACAAAAGCUAUUAGAAUCAACAGAUCCACAGCUACAAAUACUGGCAACACAAUCUUUUGUCCGGUUUGCCAACAUCGAGCAGGAUACGCCGUCUUAUCACACACGUUACGAUUUCUUUGUAUCAAAAUACUCUGCGAUGUGCCACUCCAAUCACAGUGACCCUGCAAUCUGCAAACAAAUACGGCUUGCUGGAAUUCAGGGAUUACAAGGUGUCGUAAGAAAAACGCUUUCCGAUGAUUUGGUAGAAAAUAUUUGGGAACCUGUUCACAUGGACAAAAUUGUUCCAUCAUUGUUAUACAACAUGCAAAAUUCAAGAUAUUCUAGUAAAGAAGAUGCAACAUCAGAUAGUCCAACGGAAGAACGAACUGAUCCACCACAAUUUGCUGAAACUUGUAUGCGAGAACUCGUUGGACGGGCAUCAUUUGGUCAUAUUAGAUGUGUUAUUAGACCAGUUUUAAGGCAUUUAGAUAAUCACCAAUUAUGGGUUCCUAAUUAUUUUGCGAUUCAUACAUUUAGGAUAAUUAUGUUUUCUAUUCAGUCUCAAUAUUCUUAUACAGUUGUAGAAGCAUUAAUGACUCAUCUUGAUGAUCAUUCAAAGUCGUCUCCGAAGAUUCGUACGAGUAUUGCAGAUACAUUAUCUAAAAUUAUUUCAAUAGCAGCUGGUGAAAGUGUUGGUCCGUCUGUGUUGGAAAUAAUAAAUUCUUUAUUAUCUCUUCUUCGAGUCAGUGUAACAAGAAAUCAAUCGUCAAGUAAUGACGAACAGUUAUAUCAAGAAGCACUUAUUAAUGCUCUUGGAGAAUUUGCAAAUCAUCUUCCAGAUUAUCAGAAAAUAGAAAUUAUGAUGUUUAUUAUGAGUAAAGUUCCAUACAGUCAGCCAGAUCGUAUAGUUUCAGUUGGAAAAGGAGACGUAUUACUUCAAAGUAUUCUUCUAAAAUCUCUGUUAAAGGUCGGUACAAAAUAUCAAACUAUACAUCUAAAUACAACAUUUCCACCAAGUUUUUUGGAGCCACUGUUAAGAAUGUCGCUUGCUGCAGAUGCUGAAAUGCGACUUUUGGUACAAAAAAUAUUUCAUACUUUAAUUGACAGGCAUCAGAAUAUUACAAAACUUGCUAAACCUACGGUAAAUGUUGCGCAACUCGAUCUAACUAUUGAAAAAGCAUCUCGACCAGAUGUAAUCUUUAUUCGUAAACAUGGCCCUGAAAUUUAUUUAGCGUUGUACGAAUCAUUAGAAUUGGCAAGUAAUAAAGUUGAAAAUGUGGAAUCCAUAUAUACAACGUUGGCAUUACUUGCUGUAGAAUUGGCAUCAGAAGAAACAGUAUUAGAGUUGCUAAGAUUAGUUCUCAGUCUUCAAGAUUUAGCUUUAACAAGUGGCCAAAUCAGUAUUUCCCUGAAAUUUAACUUACACGCUAUUGUCAUCAGUUUGCUGGUACUAAUAUCUUACGUUUGUAAUAUUAAUUCACUUAUGGAUUAUGCAAAUAAAAUUGCAGAAAUUCGGCGAAAGGAGGCACCACAUCUUUUACCUGAUUUGCAGUCUCAGUAUGAUAAUGGUUUAUCUUCAAGAUUAACACCAGCUUUAUUAGUUGAUCAGACUGUUUUAAGUGAGUGUUUAAAAGGAGCUGGCCUUGAUAGUGGAAAACUACAACAUGGAUCCGGUUACAGUACAGUUUCACUACAACAUCGACAUUCAUGGGUCGAUAGUGCUGGACGAAAUUCGUUAGGCGACAUUAAUUCUGGCAAUACCGAAUUAGACAGUGGUGGUUCAUCUCCCGGCGUUCAAAAGAAAUUACCGGGAGAAGAAUUAACUUUCGAAAGUAUGAAAAGAAUUCUGACAGAAAAUAAUAAUAAUCAUAUAGUCGCAGAAGAGAAACGAAUACAAUUAUCGCACUUUUUUAGAAACGCACCAUUUCAAGAUUUGGUAUCAAAGACACAACCAAAGCAUGACGUUUUACAAAGCAAACUGUCAGAAAUAUUUAAUACGUUAUCUGUCGAUCCACGAAAUGCAACUCAAGGAAGUGGUCCACCAACAGAUACCAAACCAAGUCAAGCGCCAGCUUACGAAAUACAUUUUCCCGAACUGUUUGUGUAUUAAUACCUACUUAUGUAUUUUCUGCUUUAAAGUAACGCUACUACGUUAAGCAACAAGUGUCGCAUGCGAGUUAUACUUAAAUUAUUUAUGUCUAUUAUGUUGAACAUAUGUAAAAAAUAUUUUACAGUAUCAGGUAUUGUUAACUUUAAUAUUAUUUGGAAUAUUUGAUCGCGCGUAUGCACUACUUUUAUGUUUAUGAUGAAAUGUUUAUUACUAUGUUGAUUUCAGUUAUAAAUAAUAUUUUAAUUUUGGUCAAUUUGUUG